AUGAGGAUCCGGCCUGUCGGACCUCUGGCGGUUCCCCACGCCCCCACAGAGACCGUCAAAGUGCGGGAAUACGAUAUCCCCAAGGGAACCCAGGUACUACCGAACCUGUACUCCCUCCACAUGGACCCCGCCUACUGGCCUGAUCCGGACCGGUUUGACCCCGGAAGGUUUCUGGACGCGGAAGGAAACGUCGUCAACAAGCCUGAGUCCUUCAUGCCGUUUUCAGGAGGCCGACGCGUGUGUCUCGGGGAGCAGCUGGCCAGGAUGGAGCUUUUCCUGUUCUUCUCGACCCUGCUGCAGUCCUUCACCUUCAGGACGCCAGAGGGCGCUCCUCCUCCAACAACUGACGGCGUCUUUGGUCUGACGUUGACGCCGCAUCCGUUUAAACUUUGUGCGAUCCCGCGUUAGUUUU